UUUGGGAACCACGGCAAGGCCCUAAAAGCUUUGGUGGACCGCGAGUUAAAAACAAAAAGAAGCCUGCAGGUGUUGCGGGCAUCUCGCUGUCCUUCUCACCUGGAGAUGAGCGAAACUCGGACUCGGCCGGCGGGCGCGCAAGGCCUGCUGGGGCUCGUAGUCGGAGCCGCUGCCCAGCCGAGACGCGCCUGCGUGUUGGCCGCUUACUUGCUCUAGUCUCUGUGGUCGGUGCUCGGGACCGGCUGCCAUCUUAGUCGAGGAACUGAGGAGUCGCCGCCGCCCCGAGUCCCGGUAACAUGCAUUUCACAGUGGCCUUCCGGAGACAACGCCUUAACCCAAAGAAGUGACUUGAACAGUGAGAACUUCAGGUGUGCUUUCCGCUUGGUGGUAUGUCUGACAGUGGAUCACAGCUUGGUUCAAUGGGUAGCCUAACCAUGAAAUCACAACUUCAGAUCACUGUCAUCUCAGCAAAACUUAAAGAAAAUAAAAAGAAUUGGUUUGGACCAAGUCCUUACGUGGAAGUGACAGUGGAUGGACAGUCAAAGAAGACAGAAAAAUGCAAUAAUACGAAUAGCCCCAAAUGGAAGCAGCCACUUACAGUUAUCGUUACUCCUGUGAGUAAAUUACAUUUUCGUGUGUGGAGUCACCAGACACUGAAAUCUGAUGUUUUAUUGGGAACUGCUGCAUUAGACAUUUAUGAAACUUUAAAGUCAAACAAUAUGAAACUUGAAGAAGUGGUUGUGACUUUGCAGCUUCUAGGUGACAAAGAGCCAACAGAGACAAUAGGAGACUUAUCAGUCUGUCUUGAUGGGCUGCAAUUAGAGGCAGAAAUUGUUACUAAUGGGGAAACCCCAUGUUCAGAAAGUGCUUCACAGAAUGAUGAUGCCUCUAGACCCAAGGAUGAAACAAGAGUGAACCCAAAUGGAUCAGAUGACCCUGAAGAUGCAGGGUCUAGUGAAAAUAGGAGAGUCAAUGGGAACAAUUCUCCGUCACUGUCAAAUGGUGGUUUCAAACCUUCUAGACCUCCAAGACCCUCCCGACCACCUCCACCCACCCCUCGUAGACCAGUGUCUGUCAAUGGUUCACCAUCUGCCACUUCUGAAAGUGAUGGAUCUAGUACAGGUUCUCUGCCACCAGCAAACACAAAUACAAAUACAUCUGAAGGAACAGCAUCUGGAUUAAUAAUUCCUCUUACUAUAUCUGGAGGCUCAGGCCCCAGGCCAUUAAAUCCUGUAACUCAAGCUCCCCUACCACCUGGGUGGGAACAGAGAGUGGACCACAGUGGGCGUGUUUAUUAUGUAGAUCAUGUAGAAAAAAGAACAACGUGGGAUAGACCUGAACCUCUACCUCCUGGUUGGGAAAGGCGGGUUGACAACGUGGGGCGUAUUUAUUAUGUUGACCAUUUCACAAGAACAACAACAUGGCAGAGGCCAACAGUAGAGUCUGUCCGGAACUAUGAGCAGUGGCAGCUACAGCGUAGUCAACUGCAAGGAGCAAUGCAGCAGUUUAACCAGAGAUUCAUUUAUGGGAAUCAAGAUUUAUUUGCUACAUCACAAAAUAAAGAAUUUGAUCCCCUUGGUCCUUUGCCACCUGGAUGGGAGAAGAGAACUGAUAACAAUGGCAGAGUGUAUUUUGUCAAUCACAACACUCGAAUUACACAGUGGGAAGACCCCAGAAGUCAAGGUCAAUUAAAUGAAAAGCCCUUACCUGAAGGCUGGGAAAUGAGAUUCACAGUGGAUGGAAUUCCAUAUUUUGUGGACCACAAUAGAAGAACAACAACCUAUAUAGAUCCCCGCACAGGAAAAUCUAUAAUGAGCUUCAGUCCCCAAGAUCUGCGAAGACGUUUGUGGGUGAUUUUUCCAGGAGAAGAAGGUUUAGAUUAUGGAGGUGUAGCAAGAGAAUGGUUCUUUCUUUUGUCACAUGAAGUGUUGAAUCCAAUGUAUUGCCUGUUUGAAUAUGCAGGGAAGGAUAACUACUGUUUACAGAUAAACCCAGCUUCUUACAUCAAUCCAGAUCACCUGAAAUAUUUUCGUUUUAUUGGAAGGUUUAUUGCCAUGGCUCUGUUCCAUGGGAAAUUUAUAGACACGGGUUUUUCUUUACCAUUCUACAAACGUAUCCUGAACAAACCAGUUGGACUUAAGGAUUUAGAAUCUAUUGAUCCAGAAUUUUACAAUUCUCUCAUCUGGGUUAAAGAAAAUAACAUUGAGGAAUGUGGUUUGGAAAUGUACUUCUCCGUCGAUAAAGAAAUUCUAGGUGAAAUUAAGAGUCAUGAUUUAAAACCCAAUGGUGGCAAUAUUCUUGUAACAGAAGAAAACAAAGAGGAAUAUAUCAGAAUGGUAGCUGAGUGGAGGUUGUCUCGAGGUGUUGAAGAACAGACACAAGCUUUCUUUGAAGGUUUUAAUGAAAUUCUUCCACAGCAGUAUUUGCAAUACUUUGAUGCAAAGGAAUUAGAGGUCCUUUUAUGUGGCAUGCAAGAGAUUGAUUUGAAUGACUGGCAAAGACAUGCCAUCUACCGUCAUUACACUAGAACAAGCAAACAAAUCAUAUGGUUUUGGCAGUUUGUUAAAGAAAUUGAUAACGAGAAGAGAAUGAGACUUCUGCAAUUUGUUACUGGAACCUGCAGAUUGCCAGUAGGAGGAUUUGCAGACCUCAUGGGGAGCAAUGGACCACAGAAAUUCUGCAUUGAAAAAGUUGGAAAGGAAAAUUGGUUACCUAGAAGUCAUACCUGUUUCAAUCGCCUGGACCUUCCACCCUACAAGAGUUAUGAGCAACUGAAGGAAAAGCUGUUAUUUGCCAUUGAAGAAACAGAAGGAUUUGGACAAGAAUAACUUCUAAGACUUUGUACCACCAAUGGAUAAGAACUUAUUUGCAGUGUUUAUCCUUUUCUUUCUCUGCCUGUUGCACAUCUUAUAAAAUUGGACUGUGACAGUUUAGAAAGUUACCUAAGUUAGUAAAUUGUUAUCAAGAAAUUUAUCUCCCAGUGAUUCUGGAUUUCUACUCAACAUUUACAGAAUCAGAUCUACAAACAACUAGUCUGAACUUACUUAAUAUGAGGUUUAACACUGCAGUGAAAUCUGCAUUGUCUUAUUCCACUAGAUUGUUUCCUUAACAAUUUUGUAUGUGUGUCAAAAGUCUCACCUGGAAGUAGGCUUUCUUCUUUCAGAGAUUCUGCAAAUAUACAGGGAGGUCUCUCAGUGACUGCAAUAUACAAGAUCUUCCCUUUAAGCCUCUUGUAAAGAGGUAUUUAAUAAAAGUGCAAGCUUAGCCAAGCUUCUGGGCACAUGAGCAGACUUCUGGCUUGUGCUCUCCCUCUCAUUUCAGUCUGGCCUGACUGUUGUUUUCCUUCCUGGAGCAUGAAUCUGUACAUCAUUUUGAUGUUAUUCCCGGAAAUUAUGCAAGGCUUACAUCUCUACAAAGCAGUUUUGUCUUUGAAUUCAGGGAAAAGUAGGUUCCAGCUGGCAAAUGACUUCAUACCUCUCCUCAUUUGGAAAUUUAAUUGCCUCACAGAUAGUAUAAACUAUUAACACUGUUGUUAUCCAAUGUUUUAAAAAGGUAAUUGGAGUUAAUUCAUCUGAAUUCAUUUUAAGGGUAUUGAUGAUUUGUAUGAUCCUAUACAUAAAUUGAAACUUUAUAAUUGUGUCACAGUCUAACAACUUCAGUUGUAUUUAAUUAUUGCUAAGAAAUUAAUUUGAGUUGUAACUAGAAUAUUUCCUAGUUCAAAUAGAAGUCAGUGAAACAGCCUUUGAAAUCACAUUUGGGAAUGAGAGCUGUAGUGCUGACUAAAAUGAAGGGAAGAUAAUAUCUAGUAACCACAGAAAUGUAUUCUGGGUAUGAAUUAAAAUCUCUGACACAUGUUGGAGUAGUCAUUUCUAUUCUUUACAUUGUCUUGAAUUUUGAUAUUCCUUAUCUGCAUUAUUCUUUUCACCCUAAAACUUUUAGCAGGUUUCCUUUAUUUCCCGAUGAAUAGGGAUUUUGUUUGUUAAGACUGCUCCCUUACUAAUUAAUGCACUUUGGCCUUCUUUGUAGUUAAUUUAUUUAACCUGGCCUAGUAUAGAUUGUCAGGAUGGCUGCUAUCAUAGAUAUGACUUAAUGGAUAGUGAGAGGAAGCCUAUGCCAGCUGAAUCCCUAUCAUAGCCAGACCCUGAGGACAGCCUUAUAACUCACGUAACAGGGACCUUGGCAUAUUUCAGGAGCAUAGCAUGAACAAGUAGCAUUAGGCCAAGAAUAUACAGCAAGUAGCAGGCCCCUGUUCCAUAUGGAAAGAAAAUGUUUUUACAUCACCAUCUGCUCAUCCUAUUUAAAGUCCUAUGACAGCAUUUUCUAACUUGUAUAUCUGUACUCUUUGACACUGCCGUCAUAAAGCAGAGAUUUAUGUGAGUAAAAGGAUUGUCUCAUCCAAAAAUUAUCAGUGUAAAGGGGGAGAUUAAGAUUUUCCCAACUGUUUUUUAUUCCACAUACCCUAGGAAAUAUAGUAUGAUCUCUAAAAGCCCUAGUUUCCAAAGUAGGGAUUCUCUGCCUUUUUGUUGGUAGGGUAAAAAAAAUGCUAUUGCUUUGUCUUACAGAGCGAAUGUUUGCCAACUACCCAUUCAUUAUGUAAGUCUGAACUUUGAUAAUAUAUGGCUGUGAAGAUUAUGCCUUCUAUAAAUACAUCCUAUUGAGGCAAAUUCUCAUAAUGAAAUGUAGUUACCUGUAAUAUUUGCUAGAGAUUUAUAAGAUUAAAUUAAGAGAUAAUGUAAGAAAGUAGGCUUUUUGGUUCUACAUAAUGCUUCAUGAUUCAUUUAGGGACCUAGAAAUAUUGUGUGAAAAUGUACAAAUAUUACCCAAAAGGCUCUCUGCCCUAUAUUUUUAAAAUACAGAAUAGUUAUAUUUGAAGUCCUGGCCCUAGUUCUAUAGGGCUUGGCUAUUUAAUAUUUUUAUGAAAGAAAUGUUUAGUUCUGGAAGAGGUAAAUGCUUGUAUAUAUUUUUGCAGCCCAGGAUCUCCCUACUCCAUUUCUUCCUUUAAUUUAAGUGGUCACAUGUAUAUGUCUUCCCUGCUGUGGUAGAAAAAUGGGGGCUGGAUAUCCCAAGAAUCAGAGGUUAUAUAAAAAGUAACUGCAGAUAGACAACAGACAUAAAUAUCUACAAAUGCUAUCUUAAAUUUUGCUCUAAACUGAACAUUUGGAAAUAGAUUUAUUGUAAGUGUUUAAUUAGAGCUUUUUCUUAAAUCUGAACUAAAUUGCUUUUAAGGUCCUUUUUCUUUGUAAGCAUUGUAAAUGCUAAUAAAUCUUGUUGAUUUUUUUUUUUUUUUUUUUUUUUUUUUUACUGCAUGGUAUGUUGAAAUAAAAACAAAUUAAAACGAGCAAUUGCCUUAUUCUUCUGCUCUUUCGGUGUUGGGGAAGGCAACAUUCCACAGCUGGGUCAGGAAGAAGAGAUCUCACUUGUUUCAUCACACCAAGUGGUUUAAAACUGAUCCAGCACCUCACAACAAUGAAUUCUUGCUCUGUCUUUUAUGAUCUGUAUCAAUUGCAGAAGAAUCCAAUUUCAUAAGACUUACAAUAACUCUAUUCAAAAAUCAGUACUGAUUUUUCAUUGAGAGAUUGACAUACCAAUGUCAGUUCAUCAGAAAUUUUAGUAAAACCUGAUUCAGCUGCCCCCCCCCCAAGGUCUUAUCCUAUUUCAUGCAAGCCCUUUCUGCCACUUCUUAUUUGAAAUGUUAUCAGGAAUGUCUCAUAGUAUUAGACUUUGACUCUUAUUUUUCUCUCUCCCCAUGUUUUAAAUGUAACUUCAUUCUUCUCAUAGAAUUAACUACUUCUAUUUAGUAUUGUUGGUAUCUCCAGCCCCCUCCUUUUUUUCUGUUUUUCUUUCAGAGUUAUGAUAAAAUUGUUUGUAUGUGUACUUUAUUAACUAAAAACAGAAUGGCAGCACUGGAUUGUAUAUUACUGUAUUGGAAUACUUUUGUUAGACUGUAAUUUCAAAAACUCAGGUAACUACAAAUGUUAUAGGGAGUCAAAUGCUUUUAUACAGUUUCUUCAGGGAAAUGCCUCAUUUUGAAUGUCCUUAAAGGAUGUAAGUAAGAUUGUGUUUAUUAUUAAAACAUUUUUGUUCCUU